AUGAGCGCACCAAAGAUAGCAGACACAUCUUCGGCGCCAGCUCCUGCACCUGUGCAGCCAACAUCAGCAACACCAGCAGCCGUAUCAACAGAGACACAAGCAACCGAAACCACCCCGAAGCCAACCUCACCGGAAACAAUCAAAGGUCUGACACCAAACCAAAUAGUAGAAGAGCUCAAGAAGAGUGGUUACUUCGACUCUUUACGAAGACAGCUAUUCGAAGCAUUCACCGCUCCGCCAGCUCCUGCUCAGUCUGCAGCUCAGCCAGCACCAGCAGUUGCACCAUCAGCAUCACCGUCCCAGCCGGAAACACGGUAUCAGAACAAUGCUCAAACUCAAUCUAGCCUACCGUCUACGUCUGCCACUAUCCACGCUGUACCAAUUAACGCCACCGAUGCUGCUGCGACAGCAAAACCCGCAGCAACAGAAGCGCCUCAACCUAGUAAUGCAGAGACAUCGUCAACCCCAGCAAUGAACAUCGGCUCGAAAUCCGCCUUCACCUCAUUCCUGGCCACACCACUCCGUCAUCAGGUGGAGAAAGAACACGAUCGACUACGAUUCCUAGAUCCACGUGGACAACAGGACAAUCUGCUCAAACUGCUCGAAUCUGAUCCUGUUGACUAUCCACAGCGAGAAACACUUGGAGAGGGGACGAUCUACGAUCUUCUCAUCCACUCUUUGCUUACUAGCCGAGGGACAGGCAAUGGCUCGGGUACCAACAGCAUCUUGACAGCAGAAGGGAAACUGGGAAAGCAGAUGCGACAGAAGAUCGGGGAGGUUGUCGCUGAGAUGAGCAAGGCAAAGGAUGAUGCUGAGGAUGAAGAAGAGGAUGAUGAAGAGGACGGAGAGGAUGAAGAAACGGAGAACGUAGGCGAGGCUAAAGCACAUCCAUCUCAAAGCACAGAACCACCAAUUUCGAAAAUGGAACAAGACUAA